GGUGAUCAAUUGCUUUUGCUAGACGGUUUUCGCUAACACCGCCAAAUGGUAUUUGUCACAGCUUUUGCAACAAAAUGUUCACAGACUCCUGUUGAUUCCCAAUAAUUACGGGGAUUUCUGGAUCUUCCAAUGACGUUUUCGGGAGUUGGUUUGUUACUUUUUUUCCAUCAUGCACUUGGUUUGGGGGAGCUGAACUCACAGAACUCUCUAGGAUAUCCCAAUGUUUUCCGUUCUCUACUGAAUGUUAACCCCCAGGGGAUUACAGACCAUAUAAUUACUCAGCAAAAUUCUUCCGAGCUUCCUAAUGAAAAUGGUGGUCAGUUAUCCAGGCAACAGCCGUCGGUUUCGAGCCCGGCUUUCUCACGAUGUUUUCUGCGACCAAUAACCUGGGCUAACUACAGCCAUGGGACUUUGAUCAUACUGAACAAAUCGCAAGCCGAUACACUUUUCGACUCGUCGAAAACCAAGCGAUCUUCUGGUGUGAAAACGUUGACCUCGCCUCCUGCUUCUCAAAACUUGGACGGGACCCAGCAUUAUCUUCUCAAAUUCCAGCAAGUCGACUGCUACUUGCUAUUCAUCUAUUCAAUGAAGUGCCCAUUCUCGAUCGCCGCCUUCCCUUACGUCAAAGCUCUGGCACGUGCUUAUCCUCAGUUGUUCGUGUACGCUGUCCAGGUUGAAGAUUACGUGAUGCAUCGAUGGAGUCUCCGGAUGUUAUUUGUCCCGAAGCUGAAGCUAAUUGUGGAUGGGCGAAUAUUCCGUGAAUACUCCGGAUCCGAUACAAACUUGGAUCAAAUGAUUGAUUUUGUGUGGCUCACUAUUCGUCAGCCUCCGAAGGGCCCCAUAGGUAUCGUUCCCGAUGACUACAAAGGGAGUCCUGGACCUCUACAGAGUUCUGCAAACUUGUUCCUGAUUUUUUCAUGGGUGGUCACCAUCCUCAGUCUACUCUAUCUUGUUUUCGCUUUUGGAUCAAUUUCAUCAGCCAGAUUGUCCGCUACUCUAUAUCGAAUAAGCCGGGGUCGUUACGGAAGACCUAUAUUCUCCGACUCACAAACAAUCCAAAGCUGGGAUCCUGGACAAAUAACCGCCACAUCUUAGUAAUAAACUCAGAUGUCAUUUGUGUUACACAUGGAUUUUAUCACUGGAAUUAUCCUUGAUACGUUUUUAUAUUUUGAAUAACGUAGGUUACUGGCAUGCAAGACAGUUAGAUAAGCAAAGCUUCUCCGCUUUUUUGGAUGCGAACAUACGCAAUUGCAACAACUAUUCCGCUCAUAUUCGUCAACAUUUUUUACCUUCAUGCAGUACCUAGUCAGUUAUGAAACUUGGUACUAUUCCAAUACGGAUCACCAAAAUUACGCGUGUUGAUCAUCGCUUGUAAUUGUCACUUGUGCCGAACACUCAAACUGCGCGGUAUCUCUGCGACAUACCACCAAUUCCCACAACAACUACUGACAAUGGUCCACCCACGUAACUGUACCAUUUAGCAUGCGGAUCAUCAAAGAAGUUACUGCGCGAAUCUGCAGGAACCAUGCGGUUUUUCAAGAUCUCAACCAGCUAUGAAGAAUAUU